AUGUCUCAACAGGUCUACCCGCAGGCCUCUUUGAUCCCGCUAUCCAUUCAACGCCUUCCCGAUAUCCUUGCUCUUCGAGCAGACGAGCUCGACGAGAUUGCGCGCCAUACCGUCGAAAUAAAGCGCGUUCAUGCCACACUCUUCCCGGAUGAUCGCUUUCCCCUCAAACCUCGAGCAAUGCUGCGCGCUCUGACCCAAAAUCUAUACGACCUGAAAGGCCGCAAAUGGCUCUUCAAUCACUCCUCUUCACCUGCGCCCUGCGCCUCUCUUAAACGGGUCACCGCGACUGCCUCCUUUCUCAACGAGAUCGCUCGUUGCUGUCGGCUUGCGUAUGCAGCUCUUCGGCAGCCAGCCCCGACUAUUGCUCGCCAGUGGACUGUCGUCGAAACUGCUCGGCCGUCUGUAACGGGCAGCGACUGUCGCUCGUUUGGUCUUGCGCUCGCAGACGUCGGUCCGUCUGAACUCCGAUGGGAAGACGUUUUGUGCGACGUCGAGAUCGUCACAGACGCUAGCGAGUUACACGAAGCGUUGCAGCGACUCUCGAAUAGCGCAGCGCACGUGUUAGCCACGCAGGAUGAUCGUACCUUUUACCUUGGCCUCGCUCUUGCUGGUGACACAUACCAGCUGGCCUACUUUGACUGCGCUGGGCGCGUCCUUUCCGCUGUGUAUGACAUGCACCAGUACCCCCUGUACUUUCUCCGCAUCCUGAUGGGCUUGACGAUGCUCGACAAGUCGUCGAUUGGCAAGGACCCUUCGUUUGUCUCUCGCGGGGGGCAGCGAUUUCUCACCGUCGCCAAUCGCGAGUACGAGGUCAUGGAGACCCUGAGCAUCGACAAGAGGAUCAUCGGUUACGGCGCAGUGUACUGGCGUUGCCGUUCGGAAGACGGUGACGACGUGAUGGUCAAGAGCGCAUGGGCGAAUGUGCACCUGUCCUCGACAGAAGGUGGCCUUUUUCGCAGAGCGUGGACCUCCGGCGGAGCACCGAAACUGGUCUCUGAGGAGACCGUCACCCGUCCGGACGGGCAGCCAUGCUCGACUAUGUGGAUUCGCGAUACUCCUCAAGGUCAAGAUCGGCGCGUCGUCGGACAAAUGCCUCAGCUCGAGCUGCGCCGCCUCGUUCUGAACAAGUCUGGUCGACCAUUGAAGGAGUUCUCAUCUAAAGAUGAGCUGCUUUUGGCUCUCAAGGACACGGUUAGGACGCAUAAAGUCAUGUUGAAAUCGCGCGGCCGCGUCAUGCAAUGCAACAUCAGCGACAUAAGCAUCAUGCUUCAACAGCCCCCGGAUUGGCCGCGCCGCCGAGGAAUCUUUGUCGAUCUCAGUCGCGCGGCGCAGGUGUCUGGGUAUGACCUAGAAGAGCAUGUCCCCGAAAAAUCCAGUAUGGGCUCUCUGCCGUUCCAGGCAUGUACUCUUACUCGGCAUCAGGAAUCUACCGUCGAUCACCUACCGCAACAUGACCUCGAGUCCUACAUUCACCUGCUCAUGUACAUAUGUGCAAGCUACUCCGGCCCGUCGAACACGCCACGGAAGGAUUUCGACAUCCGCGACUCACCCAUGGCCCCGUGGUUCGACUCAAACGGCGAGGAGAAGUUCAGGAUCAUGGCCACCCUGCCCGACGUCGAGUUUCGCGGAUUCCUCGACGACCUGUUCGACCCGUACUUCGACGACCUGAAGGGGCUCGUCUGCGAGUUGCGGACGCUCCUCUUGCGCAGACCCGACCGCGACUUCACCCCAAGCCAUGACGACGUGCUCGAGGUCUUCGACCGCCACAUUGCCGCGCUGCAGACUCCACCCUCCCAGCCCGAAUCGGGGACGGCUUCGCGCCAUGACGUGCCCGAUAUUCCGACGGUCGUAGAGACGAGGCGCAAGGGGUUCGUCAAGCGAAAGCGCGCAGGCGCCCCUCCUGCCGCGCGCGCUGCUCUUGCGGCGGCGACCCCUCCACCUGCGUCCGCCAUGCCUAUCGCUACUCUGGCAUCGCCCACUAGUCCAACGGCCGCUCCAGCUGCACCUUCUCCUGUCGUGCUCCCUCCUGCUAUCGCCCAGUCUUCACCUCCGCCCCAGCCAAAUUCGCGAACUACACCUUCCCCUCGACCAUGCCCCUCAAGGCCGAUGGCCAGAGCUAUGAAGCGGCGGCUCGCGGAAUCAAGACGGGCUGUGUCGCCCCCUAGCGAUGAUUCCAACCGUACGCCGGUGGAAACGACGCCGAAGCGCAAGGAAACUCUGCGCGAUAGUGCCUUGCCGGAGAGAGCGCUGUCAGCAAGCCCUUGGCCAGAGGACAGGAGAACGUCGUCUCGUAGCAAGAGGCUCGCGUCUCCUGACGCGCCACCGAACGAGCCGCCCUUGCACGCAACGCGAGCCUCCAAGCGUCGGAAGGUCGCAUGA